AUGCUGGACUUAACUAACGAUAUUAAUCAGUGGCAAAAAGCAAUUGAUUUUUUCCGUCGCCCAGAAAUUACGAAACGUUCUGUGGUCAACAAGGAAAAUAGAAAGAAAUUGAAAGAGCUUAGCUAUGGAGGUUCUCAGUCAAUCCCAGCCUUACGCUAUAAAAAGCGCAAUUUAGAGACUGGGCAACUUGAGUCCAUCCCGGAUAGCUGGAUGGAUACUCACCAUAAAUCAGGCACAGGGUGGGUGACAGAGACAGCAAAAAAUACUUGGGAGGAAUUGCGUGCAUACCGCGACACACAGCAGACACAGGCAACUGAUACUGAGAGUUCCACACCAGUUUCGAGUGCGCCUGAAGAUGAAGACAUAUCUUUGGUACAAAAUGUCUUCGGAAAACGACGGGGCCACCAGAAAGGAUAUGGACGUAUCCUUAACAUAAGGGACCGAACUCCAUUUGAUUUUCGUCCUUCACAAACUAGAGAUGAAGAGUUGUCUGAGAUGAGAGAGCGUCUUCGACAGUUAGAGGAGCAUGUCCGGACUCAUUGUAUCACCCCGGGAUCUCAAUCUGCCCCACCACCACCACCCGAUGAUCCUGAUGUUGGAGCACCGACUCAGUAGGACUUAUGUAUGAAUUUUAUUACAAUUGACUAUUACAUUAUCAUGUUUAAGACAAGUCUUUAUUUUAAUUCAACGAAUACACUCUUAUGUUUUUUUUUAUAUCUUUAAUAUAAGUGUUUUAAUUUUA